CGGGUCCUGCCCGUUCCAGAGAGCGACACUGAAGCAGAGCCUGCACUGACGGUCACAGAUGCCGAGAAUGCCAUCCUCGCCCCAACGAGGUCGGCUAGACAUGUUGAGUUAUCAAACGUUAAAUUGGAGCAAGUGAAGACACGCUUAUAUAAACAGCAAUUUUUGCGGUUAUAAUACGUUCAGAAUUGGUGAAUCUGGGCAAAUGUAAAUGUUUUUUAGAUUAUUCUACGUGUACAUAGUAGUUUGGCAUCCUAGCGCGCGUUAGUUCACAUAUCAAUGGAUUCGCCAGAUGAUGAUGGUAGCAUUGUCCCUGUGCCGAUGAAAUUUCUGUCUACAUGGGAGAUCGAACGCACGUCUCCUGAAUGUGUUCCCAGAUGGUGUCGUCUCAAGUUAAUCGGCCUAGAAAUUGUGUGUCCCGACGAUCUGAAUCUGAACGGAGUUAUUAUUGCUGUUUCGAUGAAGAACAUGCGGCGAACGUUGAGAUCAACGGAUUUGGCUUUGAUCACAGGCGGAAAGACGUCCGUUGCGUUGGAUCUGACGUUCUCUCUUCAAUAUCCACACUAUCUCAAACGCAACGGAAAUUGCUUGCAGAUCAUGCUGCAACGCCGCAACCGCUACAAAAACAAGAGCAUGCCCGGUUUCAAGACGCUGGCGAUAGGACACGUAUAUAUGGACCAGGUGUUGCAGCAUUCGUUGAGUGGACCUAUGCCUUUGGUUGGAAAGGCAAAAGGUGGUCAGAAGACGGUAGCUAAUGUGGAAGUGGAGUUGAUUGACAGCGAACCAGUCACAGUCACAAGAGAACCAAGUGCUGCUCAUGAACCUGCAGCUGCAGCAGCCACAUACGAGUCAUCUCCAGAGGACAUGGCCUGUGAUGAUGAUGAGUAUUUUGACCAGGACUACCCUCCUGUGGCGUCUGAUGGUAGUGACAGUGAUGACCAGGUAAUGGAACCUGUGUCAUCUGGGAGAAGGACAAGGAUGAAGAUGAAAAAACUGAUGCAGGUGGUAGCAAAGAAGGGCAAUCUUAGAAAACUGUUUGCUUCACUCAAGAAGGUGAAAAUCGAUGAUGAGGAGGAGGUGCCGAACAUGUCAUUUCUAGAUGAAAGUCACGUUGUUGAGGACUUCACUCAAGACUCUGAUGACGACUCUGAAGGUCAAGAUAUCUUGGAAAGUUUCAGCAGUGGAUCGACUCCCAAGCCAUCAUUGAGGCCAUUCUUUCCUCAACAUUGCGCAAGCUUGACCAAUCUGUUAGAGACAGGGACAACUCAGACUGCUGGUUCUAGACAGCAAGAGCAGGCAGUUAAUGAGGAUAGUUCUCAUGGCCUUCGUACAUCAUCUGAUCUAAACCCAUCAGAUAGUCAGCAGGCAGUUGACGAGGAAGCUGGUGAAUCAGAAACUCGGGUAUCAUCACAAAUAGCAGCUGUGCUGAGCACUGAUCCUUUGCCAUCCAAUUUGUUGGUGAUUGAUAAAGCGUCAGUUCAAGAAAAAAAGCUGUCUCGGUUGCUGAAGGGAUUGAAUGGAAUCUCAGUGUUUCUGACUCGGCGACCAUCUGAAGCUAAAGAUGCAAUUUCUACUGCUUUGCUGCGUCUUUACAACAUCUCACAUCGAAGCUCUAUCCCUUAUUGUGUCAAGAUUGGAUUGGCUGGUGAUGACCAGUUUUACUACCAUGUUUUGCAAGCAUUUGUUGAGACAGCAGUGAAGAAAACCGUCAAUUGGCCGGAACUUGUUCGAUUUAUUCCCAUUCACUUGGGUCUCAGUCGUAUCACGAGUUUUAUGUUAGCGUCAGAUCCCGUAUAUCGAUCGUUGUUUGCUGAUCAAGUGUGGACCGACUUUUUGGAUUCUGCAUGUACUGCUGAUGGUGCACCAGACGUGAGCAAAAAGAUUGUGAAGCUAUUUCAAGCUGCAAGUACACUGCAUUGUGUGACCGUGGCUCAAGCAUUACUCCAAUGUAAAUCGAGCGAGCAUGAGUCUAGUCAGACGAUGGUUCCAUUCAUUAGCGACUUGCAGUUGGGUCUUACUGAAUUACUAAAACAAAAUGAUGUGGAAGUUCCUGAGGAACUAGGGAGCAUGUCAUCAUGUCAGUCUGCAGAAGGACUGCCGACAGAAUCUGUUUCAUCACCUGCUAGUUCUGUGCCACCAUUAACAAGUAACCCUUCUCAUCAUUCUGUGGACUACAUCGACCUUCAAGUGGACUAUUGGAGCUCUAAUGCUGUGUCGAAGAAAGAUGCUGGCAAGGUUACUUUGAAGGGGCCAUAUCGGUCGCUGGGUGUCUUCGUUAAUACUGAAGAAUCACUUUCGGGUCUCAUGAAUAUGAUUAUUGUGCCACGGGAAAAACAUAAAAAAGGCAUUCGGAUAGGCAGAAAGUCUCGAGGUGACAGCAUUGUGGCUAGUGUGUCAAAACUGGUUUGUAGCAGCUCAAAGGGCCCACUCCAUAAAGUUAUUAUUGAUGGAACUGAAUGGACUGAUGUUAAGUUUUUCUCGGUGUCACCAGCUUGGUCGAAAUCUAUUCAGUUUCCUUUAGGAAUGUGCUCUCCAUCAUUCUCUUCUCAUCGACCUGUAGAGACACAAUGCUGAUUAGUCACAUUACCGAUCAGUUGCUAGUUGCAGAAAAAUUUGCUUCUCCCAGUAUCUGGUGGAUUUUAAUUCAAGUGUUUUAGAGUUUUAUCAUUGACAUACAACAUGUAACAUGUAACAGGACAAUAUGAUGUGAUAUAGACAA